CUGCUCAAAAACCAAACUCACUGACUGAUCAGAGAUGGCUCUGUCUGCAAUCAUACUGCUGAUAUCUACUGGAGCUGUAUCUGCAACAACAUCGUCCCAUCAGUUCCACUACAUCUACUCAUGCUAUGAAUCCAACGAUGUUCGAGUGGACGUCGUUGUUGAUGAUGUUGUCAUUGCAUAUGCUGAUUUCAACAAGGGAGAGAUGGUGAUGGCGGUACCCAAGCUCCCACAGUCUGUAAAGGAGUGGAAGAAACGGGCUUAUGAAAUUGCUAAAACCAGCAUUGCACACUGUCACAGCAGUUUGUUUACAGCAAAAGGAGCUGAUCCCGGUUCUCCCAUGAGGCAAGAGGCUCCAGACAGCUUUGUCUAUACUCGGUAUGGGGGGGAGGAAGAUGUCUUCAACACUCUCUACUGUCUGGCCAACCACUUCUACCCGGCCACCAUCAACUUCACAUGGGCCAAAAAUGGGGUGGAGGUCACAGAGGGGGUAUUCAACCUGCGUUACCAACACAAUGCUGAUGGGACAUUCCACAGAAUUUCAACACUGACUUUUACUCCUCAAGAGGGAGACGUUUACUCCUGCAAGGUGGAACAUCAGGCCUUACAGCAGCCUCUGACCAAGACCUGGGAGCUGAAGGAGAAGAAGAAGAGGAGCAGUGUGAGUCCUGCAGCUGUAUUCUUCAUCGUGAGCCUCGUAUUGUGCCUGAUGGGAAUCGCAACCGGAGUCUUCUUUUUUAACAAGCAGCCAGAUUAAUGCCUUCCAUUUUGGGAUUUUACUGGGAGAGGUUCAGCGCAAAGACAUGGUUUGGUCUCCAUGCUAAAGGUGCUUUCAGAGCAAAACACAAUCAAUACCAUGACUGAAUUAAAAUCAAACACAUUAUAUAGAAGGCUUCUGUGAACCACCAGAUUCGUGUUGUCAGUAAAUCACAGUUUGUUAUGAAUUCAGUGACUGAAUUUGUGUUUUAUACACUUGAAUGAUGUGUCAUUUAUUUUGAUGUUACAUAAAAAAAUCACACGUUG